CUACCAGUUCUUCGGUCUGAAGCUGCGCUGAGAAAGGACCGAAGCCAUCUAUGGAGGAUUUACAUAUCUGCAUAGAUAACUUGCCUCAGUAUUUAGGCGAAGGAGAAGUUGCAGAUAUCCCUUCGCCUGGAGCUUUUUAUGGGGUAUUUGAUGGCCAUGGAGGUAUAGACGCUGCAUUCUUCGUCAGGGAGAAGCUUCUUAAAUUCAUCGUUGAAGAUUCGUUCUUCCCUGUUUGUCUGGAAAAAGCAAUCAAGAGCGCGUUCCUCAGAACAGACUAUGCAUUUUCUGAUGACAGUUCCCUCGACAUAUCGUCUGGCACCACGGUGUUGACUGCAUUCAUAUCCGGGAGAAAACUGAUAGUUGCAAAUGCGGGAGAUUGUCGAGCUGUGCUGGGCAAACGUAGGGCCAUUGAAAUGUCGAAAGACCACAAGCCUAACUGCAAAUCCGAAAUUAGAAUCGAGAAGCUAGGCGGAGCUAUAUACGAUGGCUACCUCAACGGCCAGCUAUCCGUGUCGCGCUUUGGGAGACUGGCACAUGAAAAGGCCGAAGGGUCGGCCUCUCCAUUGAGCGCAGAGCCGGAGCUGCAGGACAUGCUGCUUGGGGAAGACGACGAGUUCUUGAUCCUAGGGUGCGACGGUCUGUGGGAGGUGAUGAGCAGCCAGUGUGCAGUCACGAUAGCCCGGAAAGAGCUGAUGCUGCACAACGAUCCCGAGCAGUGCUCGAGGGAACUGGUCCGGGAAGCGCUGAAACGAGACACGUGCGAUAACCUGACCGUCGUUGUUAUAUGCUUCUCACCCGACCCGCCUCCUCGGAUUGAGAUCGCCCCCUCCCGAGUGCGGCGGAGCAUAUCGGCAGAAGGGCUGAAUCUUCUCAAGGGAGCUCUAGAAGGCAACUUGUGAGUGAAAUGGAGUUUGGGUGAUUGAUUCAUGGGGUUUUAGUUCCUUA